AUGUCCGAAUUAAAACAUGCUGAACAUGCUGGUGCCUUGACUGGGAUUGCAAACUCAGGUCCAAUCUCAAUCCUGUCAUAUUGUUUCUCAUCAAUUUUGAUGACUGUCACAAACAAAUUCGUCGUCAAUUUAGAAAAUUUCAAUAUGAAUUUCGUCAUGUUAUUUGUCCAAUCUUUGGUUUGUACCGUAGCAUUAAUCAUUUUGAAAUCCUUAGGUUAUGCUAAAUUCAGACCUUUCAAUAAAACCGAUGCUAAGAAUUGGUUACCAAUUUCUUUCUUAUUGGUUUUAAUGAUUUACACCUCUUCCAAAGCUUUACAAUUCUUAGCUGUCCCAAUCUAUACUAUCUUUAAGAAUCUAACCAUCAUUUUGAUCGCUUAUGGUGAAGUCUUAUUCUUUGGUGGUUCCGUUUCCACUAUGGAAUUAUCAUCUUUCCUAUUAAUGGUUUUCUCUUCUGUUGUGGCCACCUGGGGUGAUCAACAAGCUAUCGCUGCCAAAGCUGCUGAAACUUUAACUGAAUCAGGAUCUUUCUUUAACAUGGGUUAUAUUUGGAUGUUCACCAACUGUAUCUCUUCUGCUUUAUUCGUCUUAAUCAUGAGAAAGAGAAUUAAGUUAACUAACUUCAAAGAUUUCGAUACCAUGUUUUACAACAACGUCUUGGCAUUACCAAUUUUGUUAUUAUCUUCUUUCUGUGUUGAAGAUUGGUCAUCUUCUAACGUUGCCACUAAUUUGAGUGGUGAUUCUUUAACUGCCAUGGUUAUUUCAGGUCUAGCUUCAGUUGGUAUCUCUUACUGUUCAGGUUGGUGUGUUAGAGUUACUUCUUCAACCACUUACUCGAUGGUUGGUGCUUUGAAUAAAUUACCAAUCGCAUUAUCUGGUCUAGUUUUCUUCGAUGCCCCAAGAAACUUCUUAUCUAUUUCUUCAAUCUUCUUAGGUUUCUUAUCUGGUAUUGUUUAUGCCGUUGCUAAGCAAAAGAAAAUGAGAAAAAAUACAGCUCCAAAAUAG